AUGAUGCUACAGUUGGCAGACAGAUCACUAAAAGCUCCACAAGGUGUUAUUAAGGAUGUGUUAGUACAAGUUGAAAAAUUUUAUUACCCACUAGACGUUGUGGUUUUGGAUAUGCAGCAGUUUGUCUCCAACAUCUACCAGGCACCUAUUAUUCGAGGGCAACCAUUCCUUGCUACUUCUGAUGUCUUGAUUAAUGGUCAAAGCAGAGUACUUAAGCUAACGUUCGGAAAUAUGACAUUGGAGAUGAACGUGUUUAAUAAGAUGCCGAUUAGGUGUGAUGAUUCAGAGGUAUACGCAGUAGAUAUGGUAGAUGACUUAGAUAUGUUAGAACUGUUGUCGGCAUUUGGUUCUAAUGGUGCAUUUGAGAAUGAAGCUCCCAAGAAGCCUGAGGUAUCUAAUGAAAAAGUUCCCUUGAUUAAAGAGAUACUAGAAUCAGAGGGACAGUCCACAAAGAUAGAUGCGGUACCAGUCCGUGAUGCACGAUGGAGACCGAACCCAACCAUGAUGGAGGUGAUAAAGAAAAAAGUGCUAAAGAUGUUAGACAUCAUCUGUCCUACUACCGACAUGUCAUGCGGCCCUUGGUUUGAUGAUAUUGUGAACUGCCUUGCCACUAAUCAAAUGCCAAAACAAAGGGUAACGUGGGAUAAGCGCCAUUUCUUUGUAGAGAUCAAGAUCAUACUUGAGAAGACAGGUUGUCCUAAUCGAAAUGCCUGGUUUGAGAAACUUUUUGAUGCACUCUCGGCCUACCAAACUACAUUCAAGAAGAAUUUGGGGACAUCUCCCUAUAGGUUGAUUUAUGGUUUGAGAAAGUUGCAAGUGUGUGAAUUUCAAGAAUACAAGAGGAAAGUUUAUGACAAUGAUCGCUUAGCGAAGAAGCGGAUGAAGCUGCUGCAUAAAAUCAAGGAUAAACAACUUUUCCCAAAUCAGCAAGAUCUUCACUGCAACUCUAGAUACCAUCUGUUUUCGAGGAAACUAAGGUCUUGA